AAAAAUUAAAGCGGAGGAAGACGCGCACGAAGAAGAAGGCGAAGAAGAAGCAGACGAAGGCGACCGUUGCGUUUUCCUCACGACGCUCCUCCAUCUGCAAAAGUCUCUGCUUUUCCGUUUGUUAAAAGGACCGGUAGGAACGAUUCAUCCGAAUCGGUUCCGCGUUUAAGUGGUCCGCUCGGUGUGUUAUCCGAGGGAACAAAAACAACGGGAUUCUACCUUCCUGUAUUAUUAUUAUUAUUAUUAUUAUUAUUUUAUCUUCGCUCGACCUCGUAGUUUUUUUUUUUUUUUUGAAGGGGAUUUGACAUCAGCGAGCGGCAUCACCACCACCACCACCACCACCACCUUCAUCCUCCUCCUCCUCCUCCUCAUCAUCAACAACUUGGAGGCCAGAAAGAAGAUUCAUCCGUGUGUUUAUUUCCUGCUCGGAUGCAUCGCAGAAAUUCUUCUUCCGGCGCUAUUGAUUACUCGAUGCUUUGAUUGAUCGGUCGAUUGGCUGAAGCAGAUGCAGCGGGAAGGGCUCGUGCACACCGGCGUGGUUGACAUGGCAACGACUUCUUCAACGGCCCGGAUUAUUUAGCUGUAUCAAAUAUAUAUAUAUAAUCUGCACUAAUCGCUGUAAUCUCCAUGUGACUUUGCAUCAGUGUGUAGUUUAGCCCAGCUCCCCUCAGCUGGCUCUUUUCUCCUUUCAUCGUCCGGCAUUUGCUCCCACUUGUGCUUGUAGCAGAAUGGCCCCGCUGGUUGAAGAGCUGCGCAGACUGGGCUGGAUUCUCGUCAAAGCUCUGCUGCGCUUCACCUUCAUGUUCAUUAACAACUGCGUGGCGAUUCCAUCCUACUGCUUGUACCUGAUCGUCUUGCAGCCGCUGAGGAUGGUGCACGGCUCUGCUUUCUGGCACAUCGAGGGCGUCAUGUUCCGGUGGCUACUGGCCAUGGUGGCGUCGUGGGGCUGGUGUGCAGGAUACACAGUGACGGAGUGGGGCGACGACGUGAGGCCGAUAUCUGAAGAUGAAACGAUGGUCAUCGUCAACCAUCAGGCCACCGGGGACGUCUGCACUCUAAUGAUGUGCUUGCAGGAUAAAGGAACGGUGGUGCGGAAGAUGAUGUGGUUAAUGGACCACGUGUUUAAAUACACCAACUUUGGCCUGGUGUCUCUGAUCCAUGGGGAUUUCUUCAUCAGACAGGGCAAAGCGUAUCGGGACAAGCAGCUCAUUUACCUGAAGAGUCACCUGGACAAGUAUUACUACAGCCGAGACAGGAAGUGGAUCGUCCUGUUUCCCGAGGGCGGCUUCUUGAGAAAAAGGCGAGAGACGAGCCAGUCGUUUGCCAAGAAGAACGAUUUACCCCACUUAACACACGUGACGCUGCCACGCCUCGGGGCCACUCGGGUAAUCCUGAAAACGCUUGGACCGCAGCAGGAGAACGGCAUGCUGGGAAAUGACGCCGGCUCGUCAGCACUGAAAGAUAGUAAAUCUAGAGGCCUGCAGUGGGUAGUGGAUGUGACAAUAGCAUACCCUGAAGCCAAACCCAUGGACAUCCAGACGUGGAUUUUUGGCUACAGAAGUCCCACUGUCACACACGUGCACUACAGGAUCUACCCGGUACGAGAGGUGCCAGUGGAGAUGGAUGCUCUCACAGACUGGCUGUAUCAGAGGUUUGUGGAGAAGGAAGAACUUCUCGCUCACUUCUAUAAGACAGGAGUGUUCCCUCCUUCGAAAGGUCAGAAGGAGGCCGUUUCCCGGGCGAUGACGCUAGACCUUGCGUGGCUGUGCGCCGUCCAGUCGUUUGCCUUCAUCUCAGGCUACAUGUGGUACAACGUCCUUCAAUACGUCUACUGCUGGCUCUGCUCACUGCUGUGGUGAAGAGAGAGAUCGCGAGAGCGAGAAAGGGACGGAAAGAGGGACGAUGAUGGAGGAAGGAGGAACAGCCAUCGAUGCCGGUCUAGGAUCUAUUGAAAUGCCUCAGACGUUGUCUUAGCUCACUGGAUUGCAAGAUGGCCAUGGAGGAAAAUUGUAUUCGAUUCGAAAACCCAAACCUACACACACGCGCACACACACACAGUUUUGCAAUACGAACAUGCAUACAAAGAAAUAGGUGAACAGUGACAUCAUGUUUACACACAUACAUGUCCAUAUAUAUAUACAUACACACACAUACAUACAUACAUACAUACAAUAAAAAAAAUUCUAUAUCUCAAUGUUUACUCAUGCACAUGCUGACACAUCAUGUUUUAAUUUGAAUUCCAAUCAUAAAUUAGGCUCAGGUAUAAGCCAAUCUCAUGCACCUGCCAUCGGUAACACCGUCUUGCUUACACCUAUGUCUUGAGGAGAACAUCCUGCGGACGUACCGAAACGGAUUGUGCUCUGGACUUCCUGUCGUCAUUUCUGUCCUCCUGUCUCCGGCUGUUCCUUCUUUGUCCCGUGCGCUCUGUUUUUUUUUUUUUUUUUUUUGUUUGUUUGGGUUUUUUUUUUUUUUUUGUGUCUCCGUGUCUAGACAGUAUUGCAAUUCGCUCACGUUUACACUGGACACUUAGACAUCGCCGGAUGAUCUCCGAUUCACCGUCUGUCUCAGUAGGGGACCCUGUUUUCGUUUGUUUUGAUUCGUUUUUUUUGUUUGUUUUCUUUUUACCCCCCUGCUCCACAUCUCACACACUUUCAUAAGACUGAACUGCUUUCUAGUAGAGAUGAAACUCCUCCUCCUUGUCACCCUAGUUGAGAUCAUAUUGGUGUUUCACAGAUAUAAUUAAGCCAUAUGCUUUGAGUGUGAGGACUGAUACCGGAAAGGACUCGAUGUUGACUGAACGAAGUGUGAAAUUAGGCCCGAGGUGUCCAUUACUGUAAAUUUAGAACAGCGUAACCUGCCGAAGCGUGCCGGUCAACGUUUUUGUUUAUUUGGGAUUAUAUUUUUUAUUAUUAUUAUUAUUAUUAUUAUUAUUAUUUUUUAGAUUAAUGUCUGUUUGCUGUAUGUUCUCUCAGCGCUCACUGCGAAUCACUGUUUAUUUUAAUUUCUUUCUUUUUUAAAAAAAAAAUAGGAAAAAGAUUACUACCGUGAACAAUUGGUAUUCCAAAACGCUGAGACAGAAUCCACGUCGUGACCGCAGCAUUUCAGUUUUUACUUUCAAAAUAUCCUGAAUGUUGAGAUAAAAGGAUGAAAAAUAUAUAUAUACAUAUGUAAAGUGUGUAUGUGUAUACAUAUAUACACACACACACACACACAAACGGUACCCCUUUUGUGCUGGUGUUUCUAGAAAUUUCUCUUUCUACAGUUUAAAGAAACAUGAAUGGUGGUGGGUAAGCCUGACCGACUGCAGUUUACUUUAUAUUACUGCAACCCGUUUAGUAAUUUCACAUCAAGGAGUAGAAAUGAUGAUGAUGAUGAUGAUUAUGAUUAUUAUUAUUAUUAUUAUUAUUGGUGGCUAUUAGGACAGAGCUGUCUGUCUGGCUCCAUACUAACUGUCUGCUUUCUGUGUUCUUUAAGGAAAUCUGACCCCGUCUUUCAACGCUGACUCGCAGUUCAGCCGAAAACGGAAACGUACACAACGCUCUCCUCUACUCCAAGUGUAAGUCGGUGAGCCAAGCCUAGUUCGGCGUCUGAAGUUUGCCCGUUUAGUCGACGUCGAGUCCGGACGAUUGAUCGCUCGUACAGUACGCCGAGGCCGGCGUGUGCUUAUGUUGAGGCUCGGGGAAAUGUGGUUACGUGCAGCGGAGAAACAUGCACGGGAGCUUCAAGAGAAGAUCACAACGGAAUCAAAUAAGUAGUUUGGGAAUAUAAUAAACAAAACGCGAUGUAGGCGAGUGGGGAAUGAGGGAGAGAAAUUGGUGAAGUGUUUAGUUUCAGCACCGGAAGUGUGUGUGUGAGAGAGAGAGAGAGUGUGGAAAAACCCUUCACCUGGUGAAAGUUUCUACUAUGCGUAGUUCUGAGAGCAGGCUUUCUGCAGCGCACGCGAAUCGCAGACAUUCUGAAAGUCGGUAUCUGAUUACAAGCUUCAUCACCCUUCUGUCUCUCUCACUACAGCAUGUAGUUAUCUAGCAGCUUGAACCCGUGACCGUCGCCGUGUGAGGAAAUCGCACUUCGCUAGCGAGGGGUUCGACCACUUCGGGGAGACUGACUCUGUCUGUUAAACUGGCUUCUUACCAACCGAAAUCCCACAUCCGAAUGGAAAUAUAAACACUUCUGUCGUUUUGGGGGGAAAAAUAUAUAUAUUUAUGGUUUCUUAUAUUUGAGGGGUCGGAUACGCUUGUGCCGUGUAAUGACUUACUCAGAUUAUUCUUAUUCUUCAGCACCCCGGACCUUUAUGCAUUUUGUGUAGUAGCUCCUACUUAACAUCGGAGUCGGCUAGGACGAGUUCUUACUCAAAAAAUAUACCAAAAGAGUAAUCUCUUUCAUACUCGCUCCAUUCUCUCUCUCUCUCUCUCCUCUCCUCUCCUCUCUCUCUCUCUCCACCCUCUCCUCUCUCUUCUGUCUGUCUCUCUCUCUCUCUCUCUCCUGUCUCUCUCCUCUCUCUUCUCUCUGUCUCUCUCUCUCUCUGUCCUCUCUCUCUCCCCCCUCUGUCCCUCUCUCUUCUCUUUGUGUCUGUCUCUCUCUCUCCUCUCUCUUCUGUCUCUCUCUCCUGUCUCUCUCUCCUGUCUCUCUCUCUCUCUCUCUCUCUCCUCUCUCUCUCCUCUCCUGUCUCUCUCUCCUCUCCUCUCUCUCUCUCUCUCUCUCUCUCUCCUCUCUCUCCUCUCUCUCUCUCUCUCCUGUCUCUCUCUCUCUCUCCUGUCUCUCUCCUCUCUCUUCUCUCUGUCUCUCUCUCUCUCUCUCUGUCCUCUCUCUCUCUCUCUCCCCCCUCUGUCUCUCUCUCUUCUCUUUGUGUCUGUCUCUCUCUCUCCUCUCUCUUCUGUCUCUCUCCUGUCUCUCUCUCUCUCUGUCUCUCUCUCUCUGUCUUCUCUCUCUCUGUCUUCUCUCUCUCUGUCUUCUCUCUGUCUCUCUCUGUCUCUCUCUCUGUCUUCUCUCCUCUCUUUUCUCUCUCUCUCUCUCCUCUCCCUGUCUCUCUCUCUCUCUCUCUCUCUCUCUCUCUCUCUCUCUCUCUCUCUCUCUCUCUCUCUCUCUCAGUCAGGGAAACACUGGUCAGUCAGUGCGAUCACGUACGUGGAAGAUGGUAGAGAGCACUUUUGCGAGUGCGUUAUUCGGCUCUGUGACGCUGCGCGAGUCUGAAAGAUGCGGUUAGCUGGCUUCCCGUGUCUCAGAGCCGGCACGUGUCGGCCUUCACCCAGCUGUUGUAAGACAUGGAAUAGCCAGCUGGUGGGUGGGAAUUUUUACGUGAAUAAAAAAAAAAAAAAAAAUCAAUCAACUUUAUUUAACUGUAUAUUUGUUUUGUCCAAAAGAUUUUUAAAAAGCCACAAAAAAAAAAAAAAUUGUUAAUAGAAUCACCAAAAAAUCCACCGUCCAGCCGAGCUUUCAUCAUUAGCACUGCCAGCAAGCAGUUCCCGACUGCACAACCGCUAGCAGUAUUACUUCCUCCCCUACUCUCCUCAAGCCUGAAAUGGCGGAAAUGCUUCUUUCCCUGUCUUUUUACUUUUAUUGGUUUGGGACAAGUAAAAAAAAAAAAAAAAAAAAAAAAAGGAUUCUUCCUUGCGAGUAAGAAAAAAAAAUCAGUAUCGCACAAGCGUUUUUUCAUCUCUUUCAGCCACAGCGUCAACGCCUGGCUUUUCCCAGACCACAAACGCAAAUCUGAUGCACUGUUCAUCAUCAACAGGAAGUUGGCGGAUCAUCUCCAAGCUCAUCUCACUGUUACACAGUAGAAACAUCCUUCACGUUACAUUUACAAGCAGAGCCGUACCGAGAUGUCGCGUCAAGCUGGCACUAAAUAUUUCCCAAGCCGAGUUGUUAUUAUUAUUAUUAGCGAAUAGUCCGGAGAGAGGAAGCCGUGCACCCUUACGUGGUGAUCUGAGAACAGCUGGAAUAGGGAAGACGACGAAAGCAGAGCCGGGGUGCAACUUUUCUCGUUAAGGUCCUCCAAGCUCCUCACCUUUUCUGGACUUGUGCUAUCGGAAUUCUGUCUUCCUUUGGAAAUUUCUUUUCUUUAGGGGGUACGCUGGCAUAGUGAUCGGCACGUUUGCCUCGCGCCUCCACAGUUUGGGGUUCGAAUCCCGCCUCCACCCUGCGUGUUCUCCCGGUGCUUUGGGGUUUCCUCCGGGUACUCCGGUUUCCUCCUAUCCAAAGACGUGCGUUGUAGGCUGGUUGGCGUUUCCAAACUGUGUGUGAUCGUGCACCGUGAUGAUUCGGCACCCCCAUACAGGGUGUCCCCCCGGCCCUGUAGCGCGAGUUCCCUGGGAUAGGUUCCCCUGAGGUGACUGUGGAGGAAAAGCAGUACAGAGAAAUGGAUGGAUGUAUUUUUUAUCCUUCCUCUGCACAUGGGUCAGAAGAUCAAGGUAUUGUUUAUUAAAAGUAGUUUAUCUUUUAUACGAUAUACUUAGAAUUAGUCAAAUAUUGAACUUACGCUGAUGUUUUAUGUGAUGUUAUGUUUAUAUAUCUAUGAUGCUAACGGGAAACUACAAGCUUGCAUUAUUUGUCAGCUACAUUAGCCUUCUAGCUCCAGUGCGAAACUAAAGACGUGAACUUCAGACGUGUAAAAAAAAAAAAAAAAAAAAAAACUUGGCUCGUUGACUACAUUUCGAACAAGGGGAUCAUUGUGUGCGCUUCAUUUUUGAAGGAACCGUUCCUUUAAUGCCCCGUUGUUGACUUUUGCACAGUCUUUUUUUUUCCUUUGACUCAUGUCGUCCUUGCCAAAUUCCAUCAGUUAUGUACACCGAGAUGGAGGCGUCGGGUCGUUUUUGAAAAUAUGAAGUUUAUUUAUUGAUUUUCGCUUCUGUUUUUAUAUGUACAGCUUCAUCUGCCAUUUUCACCGUUUCGAAAACUUUCCUAGACUGCAGGAAUGCCUUCUAAGGAAGUUCUGCUCCUCAGGAUUCUGAAGUGAAACUGGCAAGAGGUUGUUCGGACAAGGGUCCGUAAAAACAGUAUUGGAACAGGGCCUGUGACUAGACGUAGACGGAUCAGCCGGGGGGUUAGGUUCGACCUAUGGACUAUUAGCGUUUAGUAAUAAAUGAGAACGACGCUUCUGUGUUGUCUAAAUGAAAUUUGUCCUUCGUCUAGCAAUAAGGUGCAACAGUAGGAAGCGAUUCAGCUGUACAAACCACUAGACUAAUUAACAGACCAGAGCUUGCCUAAAUGUGCCACUUUGUGGGAGUGUGUUUGUGUGUUUCGCCGAGCUUGCUGAAGUCUGAAAUGUGUAUGAUGCAGCUUCACAGAGGAAAGGUGCGGAAUGCGUCCGCGGCCGUUCAGCCCGAUGGACGUUGCGAGGACUUCCGUCAAACAGGAAAGGAAAGGAAAGGGAACUCGACCCUCAUCAUGUCAUUACUGUCUUUUAUUUUUACGUUGUCGUCUUUUUUUUUUGUUUGUUUUUAGGAAUUUUAACAAAUUAUGCUAGACUGGUCUUUAGUUUCCAUUUUGUACUCCUGUUGCCCUUCUCUUUCCAGCUGCCCAGCCAUUUUACAACACAGAUUAAUUGUGCUGGAAUAAAAAAUGAUAAAUAUCAAUGAACUGCGAUGUGUGCGAGUGUGAAGCUGUUGCUGUGUUUAAUAGGUUAAGUGUGUUCAUUUCUACACCGAAGAUUUCAGUGCGAUUUAAUAGGAUGGGUGUCAAUAAUACUAAAAAAAAACAAAAAAAAAACAAAAAACAACCACCCUGCCUUACUAAAAACUUACAUAAACACUUCAUGGGGUAUUCGUGAAUGUUUAGAUCAUGAUGUUUAUGUAAUAUCAACAUUGCAUACUAUGUUAAAGAUUUAAUAAUAAAAAAUAAUAAUAAUUAUA